CUGGAUGCAUGUCCAACAGAAGUUAUCUGCAGGUUUAUCAAUUGCUCUUGGUGGUUCAUGUCUGCAUAUAGGAUGGGACUUACUGGGAAGGCCGCAGAGUGGGCCGUGAAGAAGCAGAAGGGGCAUCAUCAAGUGUCACACAGUGCUAUGAUGUCCAUUGAGGCUGUUCUCAAUGCAACAUCAUAG